AUACCUUUGAAUUGAUAGAAACUUUUUCUAUGGUCGGUGGCGUGCGCGUGCGAUACUCUGCAUUCUAUUAUGCUCAUGCAAUUCGAAAGUGAGGUGCCUUGAAGCAGUCAAAGGUCUUUGACCCUUGCUUUGGUUGAUUGACAUGUCAAUUUAUCAUGCCAUGGGCUGUUGCGACCCGAUGAGUCAUACUUCAUGUCAUCCCGCUGAUUGAAAUUGUUGCUUGCUAUAUAUUCUGCCUACCAGGCGCAGCGUCAUGCUCCCCGAUACCAGCGUCUCCAUCCAGCUGUCUCUUAACCAUGGACUUACAAACCUCCAUUUACCUCUCAACCAUCCUGCAGUCUCAGAAUUAUAUUCUUGCAUCACUAGUGGUUUUUUGGUUCUACGAUUGUAUCCUGACAUUGGACCAGGAGGUAUCUUUGAUUCAUUGGUCACAAUGGAAGAAAGGAAGUACUUUUUAUAUCAUGGCGAGAUACAUGCCAGCCUUCAUGCUCUCUGUACACUUAUGCAUGAACUAUCUCCGGAGUGAAGAUUUUGUGACUUGUAACCUUCUACACUUGAUAUGGUUUUGUGCUGCUGGAUUGUGCAUAGCUGGUGCAGAAGGUAUCUUCGUUCUUCGGACCUAUGGAUUAUGGGGACAAAAGAAAUUCAUUCUCGGCCUCAUGUUGUCAACGAUAGUCUGCCUGGUGACUUUGGAUGUGAUCAUACAGACGGUUUUGAGCCAGUCAGGACUCCAACUACUAGUAUCAGAUAUGGGUGGCGGUUGUUACACACUAUCCCACGACACGACGGCUGCAUAUGAUUGGUCACUUCUGGUAGUUUUCGACCUUGAGAUCAUAGUGCUCACCAUGAUUCGUGUAUAUUGGGAAUACCGAGAAAGAAGGUAUCUGCUGCUCGAUAUCCUUCUGCAACACAACAUUUUUUACUUCGGAACUGGACUAGCGCUGUCGGUGAUCAAUCUCUUACUCAUUGCAAGGCUGCCGUUCAACUCCUCGAAUAUGUUCGCGACAUUCCAAGUCGUCAUGCAUACAAUCCUCGUUACUCGGAUGCACCUACAGUUUUGCAAUACCAGUCAGGUUUGCCAUUCAUCCGAGUCCGAAUUCUCCACCGUAUCAGACUUUCAAUUGACACAAAUUGAACUUCAAACGCGUUCGGAUUCGAAUGCAUGAUGGUUCAAUGGAACGUUUACAUUUCAUUUUCAUUCAGAAGUCCUUUCUGUUGUAUUGCAAUGAAUCUAAGCUUGUUGAGCGCCGAUUAGGAAGAAGUGACGGCUGCAGGAUAGUAUACAGUGCUUGCUAGCCUAACGAUGUUCGAGAAUUGUCAGAUGCUCUCAGAUUUGACCAGAAGGGAGAAUAUACGGUCUCUUCAGG